UUCUUCCUCUUCCAGUCCCUCCCUGUGGUGUCAUCAUUUGUUUCCUCAAACCGUCCGCUUCUCUUGGCCUCUUUCCCUCUCAUCACAGAUCGAACCAAACUACACUUUUCAACAACCUUCUGCAAACCCUAACUUAUCCAUUUCUGACUAACAUUUCAUUUCUCUAACUCUUAUAUUACACUCUUUAAUGGCGCUUCCUCUACGCCGAUCAUCCACUUGAUUUUUGAACUUGAUCAAUCACCAUGUUCGAAGCUCAUGUUCUCCACUUGCUUCGAAGAUAUUUGGGCGAAUAUGUCCAUGGCCUCUCAGUGGAGGCAUUAAGGAUUAGUGUUUGGAAAGGUGACGUUGUUCUCAAAGAUUUGAGAUUGAAGGCAGAAGCACUAAAUGCACUGAAACUUCCAGUUACUGUCAAAGCUGGCUUUGUUGGCACUAUUACAUUAAAGGUUCCAUGGAAAAGUUUAGGUAAAGAACCUGUGAUUGUUCUCAUUGAUCGUGUCUUUAUUCUUGCUCAUCCCGCUUCUGAUGGCAGGACUCUUAAUGAGGAUGACAGGAGAAAGCUUUUUGAAGCCAAAGUUCAACAGAUUGAGGAAGCAGAAUCUGCAAUCCUCGAAGCAAUAUCAAGGUCAAAGUUAGGAAAUUCUUCUACUGGAAAUUCAUGGCUAGGUUCUUUAAUUGCCACUAUAAUUGGAAAUCUUAAGAUUUCAAUUAGCAAUGUGCAUGUCAGACUUGAGGAUGCAGUCAGUAAUCCAGGGCAUCCAUUUUCUUGUGGUGUUACAUUGGCUAAAUUGGCAGCUGUCACAAUGGAUGAGCAGGGAAAUGAAACUUUUGAUACCAGUGGUGCUCUUGAUAGGUUGCGGAAGUCACUGCAGCUUGAGAGACUUGCUGUUUACCAUGAUUCUAACAGCCUUCCUUGGAAGAUAGAUAAGAGAUGGGAAGAUUUCAGUCCCAAGGAAUGGAUCGAGAUAUUUGAAGAUGGUAUAAAUGAACCUUCUGUUGGCUAUGGAAUGUUGUCUAAAUGGGCUGUGAAUCGUAGCUACUUGCUCUCACCAAUCAAUGGAGUCCUCAAAUAUCAUCGUCUUGGAAAACAAGAAAGAGUUGAUCCAGAAAUUCCAUUUGAGAAGGCUUCUCUUGUUUUAAGUGAUGUCUCGUUAACAAUUAAGGAGACACAAUAUCAUGAUUGGAUAAAACUUUUGGAAGUUGUUUCAAGAUACAAGACUUACAUCGAAAUUUCUCAUUUAAGACCUGAGGUGCCUGUUUCAGCAGGUCGUCAUCUAUGGUGGCGUUAUGCUGCUCAAGCUGUUCUGCAACAGAAGCAAAUGUGCUACCGGUUGUCAUGGGAUCGGAUCCAGCAUCUCUGUCAUCUUCGUCGUCGUUAUGUUCAGUUGUAUGCUAGCUCACUUCAACAGUCAUCUAAUGCCUAUAUGUCAGAGCUUAGAGAAAUGGAGAAAGAUCUUGAUUCCAAAGUUAUUCUUCUAUGGAGGCUGCUUGCACAUGCGAAGGUUGAAUCUGUAAAAACAAAGGAAGCAGCUGAACAAAGGAGACUUAAAAGGAAGAGCUGGUUUUCAUUUAGAUGGCACACAGACUCUGAAGAUUCCAGUAACGUGGGUGCUUCUGAGGGAUCACAGUUAACAGAAGAAAGACUGACUAAAGAAGAAUGGCAGGCAAUCAAUAAUUUGCUCAGUUACCAGCCAGAUGAGGAGUUAAUGCCACACAUAGGGAAGGACAUGCAGAAUAUGAUUCAGUAUUUGGUGACUGUAUCUAUUAGGCAGGCUGCAGCCAGGAUUAUUGAUAUAAAUCAGACUGAGAUUAUUUGUGGUAGAUUUGAGGAACUGCACGUGUCAACGAAUUUUAAGAAUCGUAGUACUCACUAUGACGUGUUGUUGAAAUUCUAUGGUUUAUCUGCACCUGGAGGUUCACUAGCACAGAGUGUAUCUAGCGAGCAUAAGGUGAAUGCAUUAUCUGCUAGUUUUGUGAAGUCACCAGUUGGGGAGAAUGUUGACUGGAGGCUGUCAGCAACUAUUUCUCCUUGCCAUGUUACGGUAUUAAUGGAAAGUUUUGAUCACUUUUUUGAGUUCAUUAAGAGAAGUAAUGCAGUUAGUCCUACAGUUGCAUUAGAAACUGCAAAUGCUUUGCAGAUGAAGAUUGAAAAAGUGACUCGUAGAGCACAAGAGCAAUUUCAGAUGGUAUUAGAGGAACAGAGCAGAUUCGCCCUUGACAUUGAUUUGGAUGCUCCAAAAGUUAGGGUUCCUAUAAGAACAACUGGCUCUUCAAAAUGCGAUGUGCAUUUUCUUUUGGAUUUUGGCCAUUUUACCUUGCACACUGCGGAAGGUCAAGCUGAUGAACAAAGGCAGAGCUUUUACUCUCGUUUCUGCAUAUCUGGAAGAGAUAUUGCUGCAUUCUUUACAAAUUGUAAUUCUGCCUUUCAGAACAGCACAGCAGUUGUACCAAAUGAUAAUAGUCAGGCAAUAACGUCGCGCAUACCUGAAACAAAAGGCAAUUUUUAUUCUCUCAUUGAUAGGUGUGGAAUGGCGGUAAUUGUUGAUCAGAUCAAAGUGCCUCAUCCGAGUUAUCCUUCAACUCGCAUAUCUGUGCAAGUUCCAAAUCUUGGCAUUCACUUUUCGCCGGAAAGAUAUUAUAGACUUAUGGAAUUGUUGAACAUGCUGAAUGAUACUAUGGAAAAUUAUGGCCAGUCAGCUGUCGAUAAUCUUCAAACUCAGUUUGCCCCUUGGAGUUCUGCUGAUAUUGCUACCGAGGCUAGAAUUCUUGUGUGGAAGGGGAUAGGCAAUUCUGUGGCUACAUGGCAGCCCUGUUUUCUUGUGCUAUCUGGAUUAUAUCUCUAUGCUGCGGAAUCUCAGAAGUCUCAGAGCUACCAGCGAUACUUGAGCAUGGCUGGUAGACAGGUAACUGAGGUUCCUAUGUCAAAUGUUGGUGGUUCCCCAUUCUGUAUUGCUGUGUGUUUCAGAGGAAUGGACAUUCAACAGGCAUUGGAAUCCUCCAGCACCUGGAUUCUAGAGUUUCACAAUGAGGAGGAAAAGAUCAUAUGGUUCAAAGGACUUAUACAGUCUACCUAUCAAGCUUCUGUUCCUCCAUCAAUUGAUGUACUUGGAGAGACAAGUAAUGUUGCUGCCGAGUUUGGUGAACCUCAGACUCCCCAAUUGAAAACAGCUGAUCUUGUCAUUAAUGGGGCACUAGUGGAGGCAAAGUUAUGUAUAUAUGGAAAGGCUGGGGGUGAAGUUGAGGAGACACUUGAGGAGACUCUAAUUAUUGAGGUUCUUGCUGGUGGGGGAAAGGUGUAUUUGACUCGUUCGGAAGGUGAUCUGACAGUCAAGAUGAAGUUGCACUCUUUGAAAAUUAAAGAUGAACUUCAAGGUCGUCUGUUGACAAGUCCACAGUAUUUAGCCUGCUCCGUGCUGAAGAAUGAUAAGCCACCUGCAUUUCCUAGCCCUCCAGAUCCCAAAGGGAGAGAUAUGUUGGCAGUGCCUCAUGAUGAUGAUGAUACUUUUAAGGAUGCUUUGCCUGAUUUUUUGUCCAUAUCAGAUACUGGCUUUCAUUCACCACGAAUGGAGGUGUCUAUGAGCGAUUCUUCUGAAUUUCAGUGUGCUGAAGCCUUAAUUCAUGAACAGGAACUGUUACAAGGGAAGAGUAUUUCUAAUGAGGUAUUUUAUGAGGCACAGGGUGGUGAUAGUUUGGAUUUUGUAUCUGUUACCUUUUCAACAAGGAGUUCCUCUUCACCUGAUUAUGAUGGUAUAGAUACGCAGAUGAGUAUUCGCAUGUCCAAACUAGAGUUCUUUUGCAACAGACCUACGCUUGUUGCUUUAAUUGGUUUUGGCUUCGAUCUAAGUUAUGUGAAUCCUGCUCAAAGUAGCACAGACAUGGCUGUAAUCUCAGCUGAUAAAUCUGUGAUAAACAAAGAAAAGAAUGAAGACAGUGGUCGUGUUAAAGGGUUGCUGGGCUAUGGGAAAAAUCGAGUUGUAUUUUUUUUAAACAUGAAUGUUGACAGUGUCACUGUCUCUCUUAACAAAGAGGAUGGCUCUCAGCUUGCUGUGCUUGUGCAAGAAAGUUUCCUCUUGGAUCUUAAGGUUCAUCCAAGUUCUCUUUCUGUUGAAGGCACAUUAGGAAAUUUCAGACUCUGUGAUAUGUCACUUGGAAAGGAUCACUGUUGGAGUUGGCUUUGUGAUAUACGCAAUCCAGGGAUAGAAUCCCUGAUUAAGUUUAAAUUUAGUUCUUAUAGUGCUGAUGAUGAUGAUUAUGAAGGAUAUGAUUAUAGUUUGAGUGGCCGACUGUCUGCUGUACGCAUUAUUUUCCUGUAUAGGUUUGUCCAAGAGAUAACUGCGUACUUUAUGGAACUUGCAACCCCACAUACUGAAGAAGCAAUUAAAUUGGUGGAUAAAGUUGGAGGUUUUGAGUGGUUAAUUCAGAAAUAUGAGAUUGAUGGAGCCACUGCAUUAAAGCUGGACCUCUCACUCGACACUCCAAUUAUCAUUGUGCCCAGGAAUUCCAUGAGCAAAGACUUCAUUCAACUCGAUUUGGGCCAGUUGGAGGUGACAAAUGAACUCAGUUGGCAUGGCUGCCCAGAAAAAGAUCCUUCAGCUGUCCACAUGGAUGUUCUUUAUGCUAAGAUUCUGGGAAUCAACAUGUCUGUAGGAGUUGAUGGUUGUUUAGGCAAGCCUAUGAUUCAGGAAGGAAAGGGACUAGAUAUUUCUGUGCGUCGCAGUUUGCGAGAUGUUUUCAGGAAAGUCCCAACAUUUUCUCUUGAAGUAAAGGUGGAUUUCCUCCAUGCUGUGAUAUCGGAUAAAGAAUACAAUGUGACUCUAGACUGUGCCUACAUGAAUUUAUAUGAAGAGCCAAGACUUCCUCCAAGUUUCCGUGGCAGCAAAGCUGCUUCAAAAGAUACAAUGCGUUUGUUGGUAGAUAAGGUCAACAUGAAUAGUCAGAUCUUAUUUUCACAAACUGUUAACAUCGUAGCAGUCAAUGUCAAUUAUGCAUUGCUGGAGCUGUGUAAUGGCAUUCAUGAGUCACCUUUAGCCCAUCUUGCUCUGGAAGGUCUAUGGGUAUCAUACCGCACAUCUUCAUUGUCUGAAACAGAUCUCUACAUCACUAUUCCCAAAUUUUCUAUCAUGGACAUUCGUCCUGAUACAAAACCUGAAAUGCGCUUGAUGCUUGGAUCAUCUACUGAUGCUACUAAACAAGCUUCUAGUGGGAAUUUUCCACAAUCUCUGAAUAGGGGCAGCUUUAGGAGGAUACACUCUCAAUCUGGCUUUGACAUGGAUUUACCAUGUUCAACGAUGUUUUUGAUGGACUAUAGAUGGCGACUUUCCUCACAAUCAUGUGUUGUCAGGAUUCAGCAGCCCCGUAUCCUUGUUGUCCCAGAUUUUCUUCUAGCUGUGGGGGAGUUCUUUGUGCCAGCAUUGGGGGCUAUAACUGGCAGGGAGGAAACAAUGGAUCCUAAGAAGGAUCCCAUUUGUAGAUGCAAUAGCAUAGUUCUCUCAGAACCUGUUUACAAACAGAGUGAAGAUUUGGUGCAGUUGUCACCAAGUAGACAGUUAAUAGUAGAUGCCAAUGGUGUUGAUGAAUAUACGUAUGACGGUUGUGGAAAGGUCAUCUGUCUAAGUGAGGAAACCAAUAUGAAGGAAUUUCAUUCUGUGAGAUCUCGGCCAAUCAUUAUAAUUGGACGUGGUAAGAGGCUGCGAUUCGCUAAUGUGAAAAUUGAGAAUGGUUCCCUUUUGAGGAAGUAUGCAUACUUGAGCAAUGACAGCAGUUACUCAAUAUCGGUAGAUGAUGGUGUUGACAUUUCAUUGGUUGAUAGAUUUUCAUCUGACGGUGACAAAAACAUUCUGGACAUGCAUAGGACGUCAGACAUUUUGUUUUUUUCUGACUCUGAAAAUGAUUCAAACGGAAUGCAGAGUUUCACUUUUGAAGCACAGGUUGUUUCUCCUGAGUUUACCUUCUAUGAUGGUACAAAAUCUUCACUGGAUGAUUCUUCAUAUAGUGAAAAGCUUCUACGUGCAAAAAUGGAUUUGAGUUUCAUGUAUGCAUCAAAAGAAAAUGAUACCUGGAUUCGAGCUCUGCUGAAGGAUCUGACAGUUGAGGCUGGUUCUGGACUCAUGAUUCUCGAUCCAGUGGACAUCUCAGGGGGCUAUACUUCAUUGAAGGAGAAAACAAAUAUUUCUCUGAUAUCUACAGAUAUAUGUUUCCACCUUUCCUUGAGUGCCAUUUCUCUUUUACUUAACUUGCAGAAUCAGGCAACGUCAGCUUUACAAUUUGGAAAUGCUAUUCCCUUGGCACCUUGUAUCAACUAUGACCGAAUAUGGGUCUCCCCGAAAGAAAAUGGGCCUCGUAAUAACCUUACCUUCUGGAGGCCUCAAGCUCCAUCAAAUUAUGUUAUAUUGGGAGAUUGUGUCACAUCAAGGCCGAUUCCUCCAUCUCAGGCAGUAAUGGCAGUAAGUAACACAUAUGGACGUGUGAGAAAGCCAGUUGGAUUCAAUCUCAUUGCCUCGUUCUCUGGAAUUCAAGGAUUUUUAUGCAACAGCCAUUCUGAUUAUGUUACUGAUUGUUCUCUUUGGAUGCCUGUUGCACCAGAAGGAUACACAGCUCUGGGUUGUGUAGCACAUAUAGGAAGAGAAUCACCACCAAACCAUAUUGUUUAUUGCUUGCGAUCUGACCUUGUAUCAUCCACAACAUAUUCAGAAUGCAUAUUUAAUGUGCCACCAAAUCCUUUGUCUACAUCUGGGUUUAGUAUUUGGCGCAUGGACAAUGUAAUUGCAUCAUUUUAUGCCCAUCCUUCAACUGAAUAUCCUCCCAGAAUAAGUAGUUGCGACCUGAGUCAUCUUCUUCUCUGGAACUCUAUUCGGCAUCAUUCUGCAUCUAAAGAAACUGCAUCAGGUUUGACUGUUAACCACGGCCACAAAAGUCAGCAAACAGGCAUUGAGAGUGAAAACUUAUCUGGAUGGGACAUUGUUCGAUCAAUAUCUAAAGCAUCUAACUGUUAUAUAUCAACUCCAAACUUUGAGAGGAUAUGGUGGGACAAGGGUAGUGAUGUACGGCGACCUGUUUCAAUAUGGCGACCUAUUGCACGUCCCGGUUAUGCCAUAUUAGGAGAUUGCAUUAUCGAAGGCUUGGAACCACCUGCUUUGGGCUUAGUUUUUAAGGCUGAUAAUCCUGACAUUUCCUCAAGGCCGGUGCAAUUUACUAAAGUUGCACAUAUAAUGGGGAAGGGCAUCGAUGAAGUCUUUUUCUGGUAUCCAAUUGCUCCUCCUGGUUAUGCUUCAGUAGGAUGUGUUGUCACCAGAAUAGAUGAAGCACCUAGAAUUGCUUCAAUGUGCUGUCCAAGGAUGGAUCUUGUUAACCAAGCAAAUAUAAUUGAGGUGCCAAUUUCAAGAUCUCCAAGCUCCAAGACAUCUCAGUGUUGGAGCAUUUGGAAAGUUGAAAAUCAGGCCUGCACUUUUCUUGCUCGUUCGGAUCUUAAAAAGCCAUCAAGCAGGUUGGCAUUUGCUAUUGGUGAUUCUGUGAAGCCAAAAUCCCGGGAGAACAUAACAGCGGAGCUGAAGCUACGAUGCUUCUCUCUAACUGUUUUAGACAGUUUAUGCGGAAUGAUGACACCUCUGUUUGAUACUACAAUAUCCAAUAUCAAGCUUGCGACACAUGGUCGCCUAGAGGCAAUGAAUGCUGUACUUAUUUCCUCUAUUGCUGCAUCAACAUUCAAUGCACAAUUAGAAGCAUGGGAGCCACUUGUGGAACCUUUUGAUGGAAUUUUCAAGUUUGAAACAAAUGAUACCAAUGUGCAUCCACCAUCAAGACUUGCAAAGAGGGUACGUGUUGCUGCAACCAGUAUCGUAAAUGUAAAUCUUAGUGCUGCCAACCUUGAAACUUUUGUAGGAACCAUUCUUUCUUGGAGAAAGCAGCUAGAACUUGAUCAAAAAUCAAGAAGACUAAAUGAGGAAACUGGUAGUCAUCAUAGGCAUGAAGAGGAUCCAACUUAUUCUGCUUUGGAUGAAGAUGAUUUUCAGACUGUAACAAUAGAAAAUGAACUCGGGUGUGAUAUGUAUCUGAAAAGAGUUGAGGGUGAUGCCGAUGCAGUUGAAAAACUACAUCAUGGUGCAUGUGCUUCUGUGUGGAUUCCACCUCCAAGAUUUUCUGACAGAUUGAAAGUUGCAGAUGAAUCUAGGGAACCACGAUGCUACAUUGUUAUCCACAUACUUGAAGCUAAGGGUUUGCCCAUUAUUGAUGAUGGGAAUAGCCAUAACUUCUUUUGUGCUCUCCGCCUUGUUGUUGAUAGUCAGGGAACAGAUCAGCAAAAGCUAUUUCCUCAGAGUGCAAGGACAAAAUGCGCUAGCCCUGUACUUCUGAAAGCAAAAGAAUUCAUUAAUGGAAUUGCAAAAUGGAAUGAGCUUUUCAUUUUUGAAAUUCCUCGUAAGGGGCUGGCUAAGUUAGAAGUGGAGGUAACGAAUCUUGCAGCCAAGGCUGGAAAGGGUGAAGUUGUUGGUGCACUCUCAUUGCCUGUUGGACAUGGUGCAGGCAUGCUGAAGAAAGUGACCUCAUCAAGGAUGUUACAUCAACCCAAUAGUGCCCAGAAUAUUGUGUCACAUCCUUUAAGAAGAAAGGUUCAGAAAGACAAUGUUGAAGAGUUGCAUGAUUGCGGCAGCCUGUUAGUUUCUACUACAUACUUUGAGAGGAACGUGGUAUCAAAUUUCCAUGGAGAUAAAGAAUCUGAGUAUUCUCACCAAAGGGAUAUAGGUUUCUGGGUUCGUCUUCACCCUGGGGGUUCAUGGGAGGGUAUCCGUUCAUUGCUUCCACUGUCUGUAGUCCCCAAAACAUUAGAAAAUGAUUAUAUAGCCGUGGAAGUGGUCAUGAAAAAUGGCAAGAAGCAUGCAAUUUUCAGGGGUCUUACAACAGUAGUGAAUGAUUCAGAUGUUAAAUUGGAUAUUUCUGUAUAUGAUGCUUCUUUGGUUUCCUCUUCUGGGAGAAGCAAAAUUAACAUUGUGAUAGAAGAGAUCUUUGAAAACCAAUGUUAUAAUCCUAUAUCUGGUUGGGGUCAUAAGUGGCCUGGCUUUAUAAGUAAUGAUCCAGGGCGAUGGAGCACCAGGGACUUCUCAUAUUCAUCAAAUGACUUUUUUGAACCUUCCCUCCCUUCUGGAUGGCAGUGGACAGCUGCAUGGAUUAUUGAUAAAUCUUUCCCCGUUGAUGAUGAUGGUUGGAUAUAUGGGCCUGACUUUCAGAGUCUAAACUGGCCUCCAACUCCAAAGUCAUGCACAAAAUCUGCUCUUGACACUGUGCGACGUAGGCGCUGGAUUCGUAGGAGGCAACAACUAUCUGGGCAAGGAUUAAAUAGCAUGAAUGUUAAUUUAAUUUCCAUAAAUCCUGGUUCAUCUGCUGUUUUACCAUGGAGAAGUGCAUUGAAGGAUUCUGACCAGUGCUUACAAGUUCGCCCCUGCAUUGAUCAAUGUCAACUUGCAUAUUCAUGGGGUCAGCCAGUUACUUUUGGAUCUGGAUAUGCAUUUGGAAAAGAUCAGGCUCUUGUUGAUCAAGGGUUGCUUGCCAGACAGAAUACAAUGAAGCAGGGAAGUAAAGUGCCUAAUGCUUUUAAGUUGAACCAGCUUGAGAAGAAGGAUGCUCUUUUUUGCUGUUCUCCUGGCACUGGAAGUAAACAAUUUUGGCUUAGCAUAGGUGCUGACGCAUUGAUUCUUAAUACUGAAUUGAAUGCUCCUAUUUAUGAUUGGAGAAUAUCUAUUAAUUCUCCAUUGAAGUUGGAAAACCAACUUCCUUGCCCAGCUGAAUUCACGAUUUGGGAAAAGGCAGAUGAUGAGGGUUGUGUGGAACGACAUCAUGGUAUUAUCUCUUCACGUGAGGGUGUGCAUAUAUACUCAGCAGAUAUCCACAAACCUGUCUAUCUCUCGUUGAUUGUUCAGGGUGGAUGGCUUCUAGAAAAGGACCCUAUUCUUGUUCUGGAUCUUCUUUCCAGUGACCAUGUCUCAUCGUUCUGGAUGGUCAAUCAGCAAAGUAAAAGGAGGCUGCGUGUUAGUAUAGAACGAGACAUGGGAGGAACAAUUGCUGCGCCAAAAACAAUUAGGUUUUUUGUUCCAUAUUGGAUAGUAAAUGAUUCAUCAUUGCCAUUGGCAUAUAGAAUCGUAGAAAUUGAGCCGCUGGAUAAUGCGAAAACACCCUUGAAAAAUCCUUCAAACUCACUGGAAAGGAAAUAUUUCGGUGCAAAGCGAAAUAUUCAAGUACUUGAAUUUAUUGAGGAGACUAGCCCACUACCUAGCAUGCUUUCUCCACAGGACUCUGCUGGUCGCGGUGGGGUUAUAUUGUUUCAAUCCCAGAAAGACUCGUAUAUGUCGCCACGAGUGGGCCUUGCGGUUGCUGUUCGUCAUUGUGAGGUCUACAGUCCAGGGAUUUCUCUUCUUGAGCUUGAAAAGAAGGAAAGGGUUGAUAUCAAGGCAUUUAGCUCAGAUGGAUCCUACCACAAGCUUUCAGCGCUACUCAAGACCUCAGAGAGGACAAAGGUUGUUCAUUUUCAGCCCCACACCUUGUUUGUCAAUAGGGUUGGUUUCAGUAUCUGUCUACAGCAGUGUGAUUCUCAGUUGUUGGAAUGGAUUCGUCCAACUGAUCCUCCAAAAUCAUUUGGAUGGCAGUCUAAAGUCGAGCUAUUGAAGUUGCGGAUGGAUGGAUACAACUGGAGCACACCGUUUAGUGUUUGCAGUGAAGGCAUGAUGCGGAUUUCUUUGAAGAAAUACACUGGAGAGGAUCAAAUGCAGUUGAGGGUACAAGUAAGAAGUGGCACAAAGAAUUCACGCUAUGAAGUUAUCUUCCGUCCGAACUCUUCAUCCAGUCCCUACAGGAUUGAGAAUCGUUCUAUGUUUUUACCCAUUCGCUUUCGUCAAGUGGAUGGUUUCAGCGAUUCAUGGAAGCUUCUCCUUCCAAGCACAGCUGCUUCAUUCUUGUGGGAAGAUCUUGGUAGACGACAACUUCUGGAACUCUUUGUGGAUGGAACUGACUCAUCAAAAUCACUGAUAUACAAUAUUGAUGAGAUUUCUGAUAAUCUGCCCAUCCAUAUGGGUGGAGGACCUGCUAGAGCUAUACGUGUUACUAUUGUGAAGGAGGACAGAAUGAAUGUGGUUAAGAUCUGUGAUUGGUUGCCAGAAAAUGAACCUACUGCUAUUAUAAGUAAAGGAGUCCCCUUGGAGUUGUCACAUGCUGGUGGAAAUGACUAUCAACAACAGCAAUUUUCAUCCGGUGCAGAUUGUGAAUUUCAUGUUGUUCUUGAGCUUGCUGAGCUUGGAAUAUCCAUUAUAGACCACACGCCAGAAGAAAUUUUAUAUUUUUCAGUGCAAAAUCUUCUUGUAUCAUAUUCUACAGGCUUGGGAUCUGGGAUCAGUAGGUUCAAAUUGAGAAUGCAUGGAAUACAAAUGGAUAACCAGUUGCCAUUAACUCCAAUGCCAGUUCUCUUCAGGCCUCAGAAAGUUGGGGAUGGAAACAAUUAUAUCUUGAAGUUCUCCAUGACACUGCAAUCAAAUGGUUCAUUAGAUCUAUGUGUUUAUCCAUAUAUUGGGUUCAGCGGACCUGACAGUUCUGCUUUUCUAGUAAACAUUCAUGAGCCUAUUAUCUGGCGCCUUCAUGAUAUGAUCCAGCAGGUCAAUCUCAAUAGGCUUUAUGAUAUUCAAACAACUGCUGUUUCUGUUGAUCCAAUCAUUCAAAUUGGUGUUCUGAACAUUUCGGAAGUUCGAUUCAAAGUGUCAAUGGGUAUGUCACCUGGUCAACGACCAAGAGGAGUUCUUGGUUUCUGGUCAUCUUUGAUGACUGCCUUGGGCAACACUGAAAAUAUGCCGGUGAGAAUAAACCAAAGAUUUCAUGAGAAUAUUUGCAUGAGGCAGAGUGCUAUGAUUAGCAUUGCUGUUUCAAACAUUAAAAAGGAUCUUCUUGGUCAACCUCUUCAAUUGCUAUCUGGUGUAGAUAUAUUGGGUAAUGCAAGUAGUGCACUUGGACAUAUGAGCAAAGGUGUAGCUGCCUUAUCAAUGGACAAGAAGUUCAUCCAAGGUCGUCAAAGACAGGAGACUAAAGGUAUAGAGGACCUUGGUGAUGUUAUCAGAGAGGGAGGUGGGGCUCUGGCAAAGGGUCUAUUUCGAGGAGUCACAGGCAUUUUAACGAAGCCUCUUGAAGGUGCAAAAACAUCUGGUGUUGAGGGUUUUGUUCAGGGUGUUGGAAAAGGAAUAAUAGGUGCAGCUGCCCAACCUGUUAGUGGGGUUUUGGAUCUUUUGUCAAAAACUACUGAAGGUGCCAAUGCUAUGAGAAUGAAGAUAGCAUCUGCUAUAACUUCAGAGGAGCAACUCCUCCGUAGAAGAUUGCCUCGUGUAAUUAGUGGUGAUAAUUUGCUUCGACCUUACAAUGAGUACAAAGCUCAAGGACAGGUUAUACUGCAGCUGGCGGAAUCAGGUUCAUUUUUCAGUCAGGUUGAUCUUUUUAAAGUACGGGGGAAGUUUGCCUUAUCCGAUGCUUAUGAAGAUCACUUUAUGCUCCCUAAAGGAAAAGUUGUGGUGGUGACACAUAGAAGAGUGAUGUUAUUGCAACAACCCUCCAAUAUCAUUGCUCAGAGGAAGUUUAGCCCAGCAAGGGAUCCAUGCUCAGUGCUGUGGGAUGUGCUGUGGGAUGACUUGAUGACAAUGGAAUUGAUUCAUGGAAAGAAGGACCACCCAAAAGCUCCUCCUUCACGACUGCUGCUAUACUUGAGGAGUAAGGCAACAGAGGUAAAGGAACAAGCUCGGGUAGUAAAAUGUAGCCGUGAAACUGAUCAGGCUCGUGAGGUCUACUCUUCAAUUGAGCGAGCAAUGAGUACUUAUGGACUAAGCCCAUCAAAGGAAAUGCCAAAAUAUAAAGUGACAAAGCCGUACAUGCCUGGUGCAGAUAGGACCAAUAUUGAAGUGAUUUCAAAGGAAGCAUCAUCUCCCGAACAGGUGCCUGCAUCAGUUCCUUUAAGUUCAACUUUUGGUAGCAGAUCCAGUUGAUGUGGUUAGCUGGGUGACUGUGGUUCAAGGCUUUCUACCGAAGUUGGAUCACGCUACUGUUCGGCUGAGAAAUGCAAGAGCUAUUUGAAAAGGUGUAGACUACAAUGAAGAUAUCCAUAAAAGAUGUAUAGAAGCUCGACAUUCAAUGAAUGCUACAAGGACCCUACUGCCAAGUGUAGAUUUUUGCGAGAUUUGAAGGAAGCACAAUCAUUGGUGGCCAAAGCUUGUAUAGAAAAUACUUGGCUACAUUACAUUACAUGCAUUAGUUAGAAGUGUACAGCUUUUGACACCUCUUAUCUCUUGCACGCUUAUUUGUGCUCUUUGUAUACGAACAUUUGCAGAAUAUCUCCCCAAGUCCUAUUGGGUUUGCGGCUAAUAACCGGCACCCAUGUGGGUUUUAAGGCAACUAGAAAGCAAAAUUGAAUGCUUUCUGCAAGUUAUAAAAUUGUAUUUCUCAAACAUUAUCAUCAUAUCAAAUACAACUUUUCAAAAGAAUCAA